AUGCCAGGUAACAUCAUGAAGGAUGCUUACAUGGGUGACUCAAUUCAGUCAUAUGGUGCAAUCAAUUAUCUAUACAGGCAGAGGAAAUACAUUGUUGAUGGAGACCUUGUUGGAGUAAAUGAUACAGUUCUUUUUGGUACACUGGAUCAAAAAUUGGAAGGUGUGGAGUUUGAAGAUCACACUGCCCUCAACUUGAGUGCAAGAUGUGGAAUCAUUCCUCAUGCUUCUGGUGAUUCUUUUGAUUUCUCCUACUCUCUGGGUAUGUCAAUCAAUGCUCAGAUAUCUGGUCAAUUUUUCACUGGCAGUUUAGGCCCAAUAGAAAAUUAUCCAGAUGGUGGAACUAUAUUAUUCCAUGUGCAUCCCAAGUUCACACCUGUUCCUGGUGCCAUGGUGCUCUAUGGAAAUAGUCUUGUGAACAAUGUGGGACUAAUGAAUCAGAGCACUGGGGAUUUUGCCCUUGGUGGUGAGAAGCCAACUCCAUCUGCACCACCCCAAUUCUGGUUUAAUGACAUGCUUUUAAUUUUAUUUCCCCAAGAUGCAGUCAACCGAAGUGAUCUUCUGGUAGAUGCUUUGAAAACUGGCACUUUUGCAAUGGCACUUGUGACCAUACAGGACUAUACUUUAGGUGAUGGAAGGCAAGGUUCUCCAGUGCAUCUCACAAAGGAGGUCCAGGUUUAUACAUCUGUGGCAAGUGCAAAUUUCAGCAAGUCCCAUAUCACCUUGGAACCCAUCAACAUAACAUUCAAUAUAUGGUCAAUUGGAUGUGCAAUGUACACACAAAAUCUAACUGCACAUGUGUCAGGGUCUGACCACAAACUGCUGGAAAUCCUGGGCAAACAGGGAUACAACUCUCAACCAAAAUCCAUUGACAUGCCUUUUGAGCGCAAGUCAAAUGCAGUGAACCAUGUGGAAAAAUAUUUCAGCUACAUGCUGUAUGAGACCUACCUGAUGGCAUGUGUCUUUAUAAACCCAGAUCAAAUUUUACUCCCCCAUGGAAACAAUUCCAAUGUGGCACUGAAGGUUAUGCAACCUUUACAGCAGACUGCACUUUUGGCUCUCACCUCAUCUUCACUGAGCACCCAGAACCAGUCUUUAAGCCUCUCAGGAUUGGAGACCCAAAUCAGUUCAUAUUCAGCCCUCACAUAUGGCAUCCCUGUUAUGUAUUGGCGAAGUGCACUGCUCCAUGAUUCUGGCAUAGUGCAACAGGUUUGGUCACCCAUUUACUUCAAUACAACUGGAACAUACCAGUCUGACCAAGCUGUUGCCCAAGUUGCCUAUUUCCCACUAAUAAUUGUCACUGCAUUCUCUGGGUGCAUUAUGUUUGUUUGUUUCUUCAUCAUCUGGGAUGCAUUCAUUGUGAUGGGAGCUGUGGUUGAGGAUACACAAUGGCGGCAGGUGAUUCAUGAUGGCAGCCUUCUUGACAUGAUAUCUUUACUUGCUGGGUCUCGGUCCAGUGCCAGUGCUGUGUCACAUUGCUGCACUCAGCACAACAGUCUCUUGGACUAUGAUGAUAUAAACAAUAUUAUUGUUGAGUAUUCAGGAGGGGGUCUCUUCCUCCAAUCCCAAUCCAUGUUUCCAUCAUCAGGAUCUGGGGCUACACAUAAACCAUUUGAUCAAGUUUGGAUUCAACCCAACUCAUCCAAGUUAGGGGUAUUUUCAGGUGCUAAGCAUCCUCGCUCCGUGGGCCAUGCAAGAAGUUUGUGGAUAUUAGGCAUGGGAGGGAUACUUGCAUUAGUUGCUUUCCAUGGCUGCCUUGUGGUUUUGUCUGGGGCUCAUGUUUUGGACCAUUUUUUCUUCAAUAUCCAACACUUGGGGCUGAUGAACCAAAUUCUACUGACAUACAAAGAGGGAUUUGUGGUUACAGUGUCUGCAUUGGUCAUUCCAUCCAUCUCAUCACUUGCUUGUGAUGUCUCACUAAGGGAAAGAGCAUUGCAUUACACUCUUUGGGCCUGGCGUCAAGGGCCCUGCUCCCUGGUGCUGGCUCCAACAUCAGUCCUUAGUCGACUCAAUCUAAUGUGUGUCUUUGGAUUCUUUCUUGGAAUCAUGGGCACACAUGUUACCACACCAACUAUUGUGACAAUGGAAGCAUUCAAUGCUUCAAUCCCAAUUCAUUUCACAGUUGACAGAAUCCCAGGUUUCUGGAGUAAUGUAUCAUUCUCUUCACAGUUCACUGGUGACAUAGCAGGGGUUCUUGCAGCCACUCCAUACAUACUGGGUGACACCACAUUUGGUGUUAAUAAUAUUCUUGGCUGGAAUCAAACUACACUCAAUGCACCAGAGUAUGCAGGGGGAACCUUCCAUGAUCCAUUUGCAACAAAGUAUACUGUGUCAUGCCACAAUGUAAUCCCUCAAUCAAAAGAGAAUCCAUACACUGGUAAUAUUUUGCUUGUGGAUAACAAUACCAGCGAAUACUUCCUGUCCAUGAAUUUGACUACUCGCAUUAACCCAUAUCCUGGCAUAAGUAUCCUGUAUACUUGGUGGUUUCCAGACUUUCAUUUCUGGCCUGCACAAUCAACAAGUCCAAAAGAGAACAAGUCAUCUACCCCAGUCUUCUCUGUCCCAAAUGUGGUUGCUCUACUCCGAUCUCAAUCUUCUCAUACUGGAGUAUUUCCCAUGGUUCACAUCUCAGACACCCCACAUGCCUUUGUAGAGGGUGGGGCAUCACAGGGCUUGUAUAAUCUAACCAUUCAGACACAGAUGUGGACAUAUGUUCAGAAUCAUAGUAUCUCAUCAGAUAAACUAGACCACUAUAUCCAUGAAACAAGGAAACUGGAGCUGGUGAAUGUCACUAUGUAUCUUUGGCCUAUUGUGUGUGCGCUCCACAUACUCAAUGGUACAGCUGUGGUGACUUCAAAUAAACUGGAGUCAUUUGUCCCAAUGGUGGCAGAAAUAAUUGAACCACCACCAGGCUAUGUGCGAUCAGGAGAACCAACUCAUGUCAUUGAAAAGAACUGGGACAAUCUAAUAUACCUCUCAUAUGGUGGCCUCUCAUAUCUCCGGCCUUGGGAUCUCAUCUGGUCAGAGGACCCAACACAUAAUGGAACAUCUGCUACCCAAGGUGGAAUGUCCAGACUUGGUGAACAACUUUCCCUGCUCACUGCAACAAAUGUAGCAAUGCUUGACCGAUAUUGGCGAGCAAAGUAUGAAAGCCUGGCUCCAACUCCUUGGCAACCUCUUCAUGCUAUAGUUUAUGGUUCAAAACUAGUGCUAUCUGCACGUUUCACUAUCCACACAGUUCCACUUUGCUUUGGCUGUCUUUCUACACUCCUUAUUGGCAUGUCAUCUGCUGUUACAUUGUGGAACACUUUCAACAGGAAAGAUGUUAUUACCAAAGAAGCUGGGAUAAUCCACAGCAUUCAGAUGCUCCAAUGGUCUUCUCUGACCCAUCUGCUCAGCAAACAUCAAUCAUUGCCAGAAUCAAGUGUAGAUGGACACAGAGUUAGCAGGGACAUCCUAUCACUGGAUGUCCAGUAA